AUGCAGAUCAUGGUUUGUUUGGCAUCCGUGUAUGGAGCGUGGACUAUCAGAGACAGAAAAUGGUAUUUUGAGGUUGAUAAAACGAGAGGAGGUAGAAUGUUCUACCUGCAGGAUGAUUGUAAACAUGAAGAGCUGGUUGAAAUGGUUGUGAACGACUACAUGUUGCAAGUUAAUGGCGAGCUGCUGGAGUUGUCAUAUCCAUUACCAGCUGCUAUGAUGGAGAAAUUGCCAACGGAUUCACCUCCUAUGUGA